GUAACAAGGAAUAAAAACCCUCCCAGUGCCAGGAGAAAGCAAAAAGUCAUGAUGGCUUUCUAUUGGCAACGAGCAGUGGUUUUGAGCCUGGCCGUGGUCAUGUUGGUCAAUGCAGACAUGAAGCUGGACUGUAGGCCUGACGCUGUGACGGUGGUGUGGACUAAGGGCAAAUCCCAGGCUGAUACCUCGCUCUUCCGUCUGGGAAGCUGCUUCCCCACCAGCUUCUCGGCCACCGAGGCAGUUUUCAGAGUGGAUUUCAAUGACUGUAGCUUCAGAAGACUUGUAACUGGUGAUUACUUGAUGUACACCAAUGACCUAACCUACGGUUCUUCUUCUGACUCUCAAUCUCUGGCCUUCACUCAUCCUGUUGUCUGUACAUUUGAAAGGCCUAAAGACUGGUACCCUAUGAUUUAUGACCCUGUGUUCAGUACACAUGGUGUGGGACAUCUUGUGUUCCACAUUGGACUCAUGAAUGAUGACUUCUCAGGCCCUGCUGAGUCUACUACCUUUGCUCUGGGAUCCUUCAUCCCGAUCAUGGCCAGCGUGUCACAGAAAACCCAUCAGCCAUUGCUUCUGUUUCUUGAGGAAUGCGUCGCAGCGACCACACGGGAGCUGCAGCCUGACAGCCCUGUGUACCCCAUAAUCGCCAAUAAGGGAUGCCUCGUGGACAGCAGGAUGUCUGGCUCAAAAUUUGAACCAAGACAGAAAUCAUCAGAGCUCCACCUAUCCCUUCAGGCCUUUAGGUUUGGUCUUGGUGAAGAGGUGUUCAUCCACUGUAAGCUUGUGGCUUGGGACACAAACGGUCUUGACAGCACCAAGAAGGCCUGCCACUAUGUCAAAGAGCAUGGCUGGGAGCUGCUGGACAACUAUGCCUACAGCACUCUCUGUGACUGCUGUGACUCGGACUGCAAGUCCAGGAGGACCAGGAGUAUACAAUCGGUUUCACAUGGAGUGGCACAAAAAGCAGUCCUUGGACCACUUACAAUUACUGAGACUCCUUGACGUUUUCUAAGGGAUUGGAUUCUGUUGCACUUUCAAAUGCAAAUUUAAUGGUCUGGAUGCUGAAAGCUUGAUGCCCAUUGGAGUUUUGAUUGUAAUGAAGCAUUAAAUAUGUAAGCUUAUUAAGUUGUGUGUGAUUGUCUUUGGCGUUUCAAGGAUGUUUUCUUUUCAUAACAAGAAUCGGUGUUACUCUUGGCACUUGCUACAAGAGUGCUUUGACUGUGGGAUUUUGACUGAUUGAAAAAUCCUUCAGAAUGCUUUUUACAUGACCUGGAGGAGUUGAUGGUUCCUGGUAGAAAAAGUUGUGUUGUCUCUUAAUACAACACAGAACCGACACUGCUGUAUUUCUACAGUAAAUGAUCUUGGGAGGUUUCCUUGCAUUGGCUCUUGUGAUAAAUGUACUGUAAAAUUCUAGGUAUUGCAAGGUUGCUUGAUUGUUCGCCAAUGUAGUGCUAGUUUUCUUGACAUGAAAAUUGACAGCUCCCCACGCAUGUCACACUGUGGGAUUUAAUGGAAAACAUCUAAUUACCUGUCCAUGCCAACACUUUCCCUCAAGCACCAUGACCCU